AUGAUUGAAGCGAAGCUGGAAGAGGCGUCAAGAGAACCAGGAAGAAAAGAAAUCAUUGAAGAAUUUAAAGCCUUGGUUUCUUCAUUUCCUGAGGAAAUGGGUACCAUGCAAGGUCAAUUACGUAAAUACAAAGAGGCUGCUUCUGAUUUUCAUUCUUUACAGGCUGAUGUGCAGUCUCUUUCCAGCAUUCUUGAUAGGAAGGUGAAAGAGUGUGAGACUUUAUCUGCCAGAUCCACAGAUCAAGUUGCUGAGAUACAAAAGUUGAAUGCUGUGGUUCAUGAUUUAAAGGAGAGUGAAUCAGAGUUAAAGCUGAUUUUGGAAAUGUAUAGACAUGAGUUGACUGAUCCAAGGGAUGUCUUGGAAGCUAGAGAUUUGGAAUGCAAGGCAUGGGCUCAUGUUGAAAGUUUGAAGUCCUCUCUUGAUGAGCACACCUUGGAAUUACGAGUUAAGACAGCAAAUGAAGCUGAGGCCAUUUCUCAACAAAGGCUCGCUGCUGCAGAAGCUGAGAUUGCUGACUUGAGACAGAAAUUCGAAGAUUCCAAAAGGGAUAUUUUGAGACUUUCUGAUGCUCUGAAGUCCAAAAAUGAAGAAAAUGAGGCAUACUUAUCUGAAAUUGAGACAAUUGGACAAGCAUAUGAUGAUAUGCAAACUCAAAACCAACAUCUACUGCAGCAAAUUACUGAGAGAGAUGACUAUAACAUUAAGCUUGUUUUAGAGGGUGUGAGGGCUAAACAGCUGCAGAAGGCUGUACUCAUGGAUAAACGGAAAAUGGAGAGGGAGAUUCAACAAGGCAAUGCAUCUCUUAAUUUCUAUAACAUGAAAGCUGCUCGAAUUGAAGAUCAGUUGAAAAUGUGUAGAGAUCAGAUUCAGAAACUAGCAGAAGAUAAGUUUCAAAGAGCAAUUACAUUGGAAAAUACUCAAAAGAGAUUGUCGGAUGUCAGGAAGUCAUCUCAGCAGGCACAGGAGGCUCUAGAGGAAUCACAAUCUAAAGUUGACAGAAGUCGAAUGGGUCUGUCAGAGCUGCAGAUAGAACUAGAGAGGGAAAGGUUUGAAAAGAAAAGAAUAGAGGAGGAAUUGGAAAUUUUAAAAAGAAAGGCUUCACGGCUUCGAGCGCAGACAGAGGGUUCAUCAAUUGUUGAAAAACUUCAACAGGAACUUGGAGAAUACCGGGAGAUACUGAAGUGUGAUGUCUGCCUUGACAGGACAAAACAGGUUGUCAUUACAAAAUGCUAUCACUUGUUCUGCAACCCUUGUGUGCAAAAAGUAAUUGAAAGUCGACAGAGGAAGUGUCCACGGUGUUCCAUGAGUUUCGGCCCUAAUGAUGUAAAAUCUGUAUACAUCUAA